CUGCCGGAAGUCGUUUCUGUCAGUCGCGCAGCAGUGUCCGGAGACGCUAGUUGGGAAGCGGUGUUCUGUCCCUUGGUUUUCGCUGUUGGGAUUCAAUCAAGUUUUGGGAGUCUCCGCCGCAGCCGUCACCAUGUCGGUCCCAAGCGCACUCAUGAAACAGCCGCCCAUUCAGUCUACGGCUGGGGCCGUCCCAGUUCGCAAUGAGAAAGGUGAGAUUUCAAUGGAAAAGGUGAAGGUAAAACGUUAUGUGUCUGGAAAGAGGCCAGAUUAUGCCCCUAUGGAGUCCUCAGAUGAAGAGGACGAAGAAUUUCAGUUCAUUAAGAAAGCUAAGGAACAAGAAGCAGAGCCUGAGGAACAGGAGGAGGAUUCAUCCAGUGACCCCCGACUCCGGCGUCUACAGAACCGCAUCAGUGAAGAUGUGGAAGAGAGAUUGGCUCGACACCGGAAAAUAGUGGAACCUGAAGUAGUAGGAGAAAGUGACUCAGAAGCAGAGGGGGACGCAUGGCGCAUGGAACGAGAAGACAGCAGUGAGGAAGAGGAGGAAGAAAUUGAUGAUGAGGAAAUAGAGCGGCGGCGCGGCAUGAUGCGUCAGCGAGCACAGGAGAGGAAGAACGAAGAGAUGGAGGUCAUGGAAGUGGAAGAUGAAGGACGCUCCGGGGAGGAGUCAGAGUCGGAGUCUGAGUAUGAGGAGUACACAGACAGUGAAGAUGAAAUGGAGCCUCGACUUAAGCCUGUCUUCAUUCGAAAGAAGGACCGCGUGACAGUUCAAGAACGCGAAGCUGAAGCGCUGAAACAGAAGGAACUAGAGCAGGAAGCAAAACGCAUGGCUGAGGAGCGGCGGAAGUACACACUGAAGAUUGUGGAAGAAGAGACCAAGAAAGAGCUGGAGGAGAACAAGCGCUCCCUCGCCGCCCUAGAUGCACUCAACACUGACGAUGAAAACGACGAGGAGGAAUAUGAGGCAUGGAAAGUCCGAGAGCUCAAAAGAAUCAAAAGGGACAGAGAAGACCGGGAAGCGCUUGAAAAGGAGAAAGCAGAAAUCGAACGCAUGCGAAACCUGACUGAGGAAGAAAGGCGGGCUGAACUUCGGGCAAAUGGCAAAGUCAUUACCAACAAAGCUGUUAAAGGCAAAUACAAGUUUUUGCAAAAAUAUUAUCACCGGGGUGCCUUCUUCAUGGAUGAGGAUGAGGAAGUCUACAAGAGAGAUUUUAGUGCACCUACUCUGGAGGACCAUUUCAACAAAACCAUUCUUCCAAAAGUCAUGCAGGUCAAGAAUUUUGGACGGUCUGGUCGUACCAAGUACACACACCUUGUGGAUCAAGAUACCACUUCCUUUGACUCUGCAUGGGGCCAAGAGAGUGCCCAGAACACAAAGUUCUUCAAACAGAAGGCAGCUGGGGUACGAGAUGUAUUUGAACGGCCAUCCGCAAAGAAGAGGAAAACCACUUAGGCUUUGACUGCUUAUUCCAGCUGUGGGACACA